GGGAACAAACUUCAGAAGGAGGAGAGACACCGGGUCCAGGGCACCCUCGCGGGCGGACCCAAGCAGUGAGGGCCUGCAGCUGGCCGGCCAGGGCAGCGGCAGGCGCGGCCCGGACCUACGUGAGUAAGCCCCGAGCCUUCGGCGGGCUGCGAGCGACUCGCCGGCGAUGCCUCACAACUCCAUCAGAUCUGGCCAUGGAGGGCUGAACCAGCUGGGAGGGGCCUUUGUGAAUGGUAGACCCCUGCCGGAAGUGGUCCGCCAGCGCAUUGUAGACCUGGCCCACCAGGGUGUAAGGCCCUGCGACAUUUCUCGCCAGCUCCGCGUCAGCCAUGGCUGCGUCAGCAAGAUCCUUGGCAGGUACUACGAGACUGGCAGCAUCCGGCCUGGAGUGAUAGGGGGCUCCAAGCCCAAGGUGGCCACCCCCAAGGUGGUGGAGAAGAUUGGGGACUACAAACGCCAGAACCCUACCAUGUUUGCCUGGGAGAUCCGAGACCGACUCCUGGCUGAGGGCGUCUGUGACAAUGACACUGUGCCCAGUGUCAGCUCCAUUAAUAGAAUCAUCCGGACCAAAGUGCAGCAACCAUUCAACCUCCCUAUGGACAGCUGCGUGGCCACCAAGUCCCUGAGUCCCGGGCACACGCUGAUCCCCAGCUCAGCUGUAACUCCCCCGGAGUCACCCCAGUCGGAUUCCCUGGGCUCCACCUACUCCAUCAAUGGGCUCCUGGGCAUCGCUCAGCCUGGCAGCGACAAGAGGAAAAUGGAUGACAGUGAUCAGGAUAGCUGCCGGCUAAGCAUUGACUCACAGAGCAGCAGCAGCGGACCCCGAAAGCACCUUCGCACGGAUGCCUUCAGCCAGCACCACCUCGAGCCGCUCGAGUGCCCAUUUGAGCGGCAGCACUACCCGGAGGCCUAUGCCUCCCCCAGCCACACCAAAGGCGAGCAGGGCCUCUACCCGCUGCCCUUGCUCAACAGCACCCUGGACGACGGGAAGGCCACCCUGACCCCUUCCAACACGCCACUGGGGCGCAACCUCUCGACUCACCAGACCUACCCCGUGGUGGCAGAUCCUCAUUCACCCUUCGCCAUAAAGCAGGAAACCCCCGAGGUGUCCAGUUCUAGCUCCACCCCUUCCUCUUUAUCUAGCUCCGCCUUUUUGGAUCUGCAGCAAGUCGGCUCCGGGGUCCCAGCCGGUGCCUCGGUCCCGCCCUUCAAUGCCUUUCCCCAUGCUGCCUCCGUGUACGGGCAGUUCACGGGCCAGGCCCUCCUCUCAGGGCGAGAGAUGGUGGGGCCCACGCUGCCCGGAUACCCACCCCACAUCCCCACCAGCGGACAGGGCAGCUAUGCCUCCUCUGCCAUCGCAGGCAUGGUGGCAGGAAGUGAAUACUCUGGCAAUGCCUAUGGCCACACCCCCUACUCCUCCUACAGCGAGGCCUGGCGCUUCCCCAACUCCAGCUUGCUGAGUUCCCCAUAUUAUUACAGUUCCACAUCAAGGCCGAGUGCACCACCCACCACUGCCACGGCCUUUGACCAUCUGUAGUUGCCAUGGGGACAGUGGGAGCGACUGAGCAACAGGAGGACUCAGCCUGGGACAGGCCCCAGAGAGUCACACAAAGGAAUCUUUAUUUAUUACAUGAAAAAUAACCACAAGUCCAGCAUUGCGGCACACUCCCUGUGUGGUUAAUUUAAUGAACCAUGAAAGACAGGAUGACCUUGGAGAAGGCCAAACUGUCCUCCAAGACUCCUUAAUGAGGGGCAGGAGUCCCAGGGAAAGAGAACCAUGCCAUACUGAAAAAGACAAAAUUGAAGAAGAAAUGUAGCCCCCAGCCGGUACCCACCAAAGGAGAGAAGAAGCAAUAGCCGAAGAACUUGGGGGGAUGGUGAAUGGUUCCUGCCCGGGCCCAAGGGGUGCACAGGGCACCUCCAUGGCUCCAUUAUUAACACAACUCUAGCAAUUAUGGACCAUAAGCACUUCCCUCCAGCCCACAAGUCACAGCCUGGUGCCGAGGCUCUCCUCACCAGACACCCAGGGAGUCACCUCCCUCAGCCUCCCGCCUGCCCCACACGGAGGCUCUGGCUGUCCUCUUUCUCCACUCCAUUUGCUUGGCUCUUUCUACACCUCCCUCUUGGGCAUGGGCUGAGGGCUGGAGCGAGUCCCUCAGAAAUUCCACCAGGCUGUCAGCUGACCUCUUUUGCCUGCUGCUGUGAAGGUACAGCACCACCCCAGGUCCUCCUGCAGUGCGGCAUCCCCUUGGCAGCUGCCGUCAGCUGGACCAGCCCCAGGCAGCUUAAAACAGACAUUCCACAGGGCCUGGGCCCCUGGGAGGUGAGGUGUGGUGUGUGGCUUCACCCAGGGCAGAACAAGGCAGAAUCGCAGGAAACCCGCUUCCCCUUCCUGACAGCUCCUGCCAAGCCAAAUGUGCUUCCUGCAGCUCACGCCCACCAGCUACUGAAGGGACCCAAGGCACCCCCUGAAGCCAGCGAUAGAGGGUCCCUCUCUGCUCCCCAGCAGCUCCUGCCCCCAAGGCCUGACUGUAUAUACUGUAAAUGAAACUUUGUUUGGGUCAAGCUUCCUUCUUUCCACCCCCCAGACUUUGGCCUCUGAGUGAAAUGUCUCUCUUUGCCAUGUAGGGCUUCUCUCCUUGAUGCUUCUUUCUUUUUUUAAAGACAACCUGCCAUUACCACAUGACUCAAUAAACCAUUGCUCUUCAUCUCAGGCUUUGGGAAGGAGGCACCUCGGGGCUGGGCUUUCUCCCAAGAACAUCAGAGCUGAGUAGCCGACAAACUCACUUUGGGGCCGUGGGCUGGAAGGGACCAUCUGAUGCCCCAGAGCUCUGGCUUGGCCUUCUCCCUCUGCCUUUAAUUCAUGUUGAACGCUGGGUACCUCACUCAUCCCAAGUUCUUCAACACUGAGCAAAUGCAAGGAUAGCACAGUAUUGAGCCAACCAUAGACUCCCCACAAGGAGUUGCUGUUGUUAUUAACAGGAAGCCAGAGAAUCAGCAGGGUGGGUUAGUGAAGGAUCCGGGAAUAGCUAUGACUGGAGCCUGCAUAAACAGUUCUGAAGGGAGAGAGAAGACUGGGCUCUCUUGUGUGCCAGGCACAGUAUGGAAGGCUUCAUAUAAGUUAAGUUGAAAUUAGCCCUGUUUUACAUACAGCUUCAUUUUACAUAUGAGGAAACUGAGGCUUUGAAAAAAAUGAGAUGUCUUGCCCAAGAUGAGAAGUAGUAGAUUCAACCAAGUCCUCUUACUCUAAGCCCAACGCUUUUACCCAAAACCCCAGAGUCCUCAUCAGGGAUGCCAAAUGGUUCUAGACCCAAUGGAGGUUCUGGAGCUGCCACUGGGGAUUUAAUUUCUUUUGAUUUGCUAAAGAUUUGACCUGACUGAAUGGAGAGGUAGAGUGUAGUGGGGCCAGGACAAGGUGAGGGAGGCUGUAGAGACUUAGGACUUUAGGCCAACCACCUCCAGGAAAUUUGGGAAAUGCAAUGUGACAGCUCGGGCUCUGCACUCCAGGGGGCUGUCUGGUGUCCACAUGGACCUUCUCCAUGUGAGACACAGCUGGAACAAGGGGGUAGGGGCCUGCAGCUGGGAUGCCCAGGUGAAUAUGGGGAGCUGGACAAACAACACUGGGAUUGAGUCAGAUAGAAGGGGCCCAAGGACUCCAGGGCUGGGAGGACAGAGGCUGGGAGAGAGGGCUCUUACCUCCUUAGGCCUCCCAAAGAGCGGUUAGGGAUGCUGCCAUGGAUGGCAUGGCAGGGGGGAACCCUCCUGGAAGAAAAUCCAUCUCUUCUGAGGGGAUCUGAGAUGCGGCUGUUUUUUCAGUGGCAGAACUUCCCUCUGCAGCGCGACUCUGAAUCCAUGACAUCUGAGAGUCUUCCUGACCACAAAUCUCUGGGAUCCCGAGUGCUCCCUACCCAAGAAUCACUUUGAGCACAGCAUCCCAAGGAGCCCAUAGAACGAUCCCUUGCAUUCACAGCCACAGCCCCUCUGGGGACACUCUGUACCCCCGGCAGACCCUUUCCAACUCACAACCAAUAAAGGGGCUUGGGCUGUGCUUUGGCUAAGGUGACCAUGGUUUAAAACUCGCCUUUCUUUCCCGGAGGUGAGCUGGGCUUGCCAGGAACCUCUGCUCAGAGCGGGUGUUUGUUGACUGUGGGAUGUGUUCCCCAUGUAGCGGGCCUUGGCUAGUACCUAUCCAAUAUUCUGCCCAUGGUCAAACCUUGGGUCCCCUUUUCGGGCUCAGAAAAUAAGGCCAUUUAUGUAUUGGGCGAAAGAAAGACAAUUCGAAGUGCCCCAGCAUUUGGGGUGGUGUUGGGAGGAGUCAGGCUGGCACAUGGGGGGACGCAAUGAAGAAGGGUGUGAUGACAAGGACAGGGAGGACAUGCAGGGGGCUUUGAGGGUUGGCCGAGGGGCCACUUUCACCUGGGGUAGGGAGGGCGGCUUCUGUGAGUGGUCGCAGGUGAAGGGGGGUUGCUUUAUGGUGCAGGGGAGCCAGGGGUUCUCUGGGGGUGGUAUGUGUGUUUGUAGGAGAAUUGGGGAUGAGGAUGGGCCCAAAACAUUGCUGAGGCAUUGAGAGCACUGAGGGCCUAUCCCUUCCCCCUGGAAUAAUCCCUUUCACUGCUCAUGUAGAGAGACCACCUGAGCUUCCCAGGCAGUUUACUCUUAACUUCUCCCUGGUCCAUUACCCUCACUCCUCUUCCUCCUCAGGUUCUAGCACAGGCCAGGCCAGCCCAGGGUGCUAGGAGCUUGCAGGAAAUUCAUGUGGACCAACCAACCCUGGCAGGUCAGUGGGUUUCUUGCUGGGAAAGGGAGCAGCUGGAACCCUGCCUGGGGCCCACCAGAUGAACAGAAUUGCUGUGACCCCGUAAUCUCUACCACAAAGUUCCAGGACUAGAGACAGCGGAACUGGGAGUCCUCACCUACAAAGCCAGCCCCCAGGCUAGUUCCAACCCCUCCCCUUGUCACAUCAUCUCUUACUUCUCCAAUAUCCUUGCCAUGAGUUGUGAGACUAAGAAACAUGUAUCUUCUGCCCUCUGUGUGCCAAACACACACUCAAAAACACACACUCAACCCUGGUGACAACUUCAGGCAAGAGGAGUUAGUGAAACCUACUGGAAGUGGAAGCAGGAGCCUCCAAAUAGAAACAGAAAGACAGACAGGUUGAGGCUGUUGCUAAGAUCUCCCCUCUCCCACCUGCCCUCACCAUCCUCCCACUUCCACCACCCAAAACCACCACCCAAAAUACACACACCUUUCCCAUCCAUAUCAACAUGAGGCUUCCUGGCCAGGCACUGUGGCUCAUGCCUGUAAUCCUAGCACUUUGGGAGGCUGAGGCAGGUGGAUCAUGAGGUCAGGAGUUUGAGACCAGCCUGGCUAACAUGGUGAAACCCCAUCUCUACUAAAAACACAAAAAUUAGCCAGGCAUGUUGGCGCAUGCCUGUAAUCCCAGCUACUCAAGAGGCUGAGGCAGGAGAAUCACUUGAACCUUGGAGACGGAGGUUGCAGUGAGCUGAGAUCGCACCACUGCACUCUAGCCUGGGUGACAGAGCGAAACUCUGUCUCAAAAAAAAACAAAAACAAAACAAAAACCCAUGAGGCUUCUUUAAGAUAAUUCACACUUCCUUGUCCUUUGGGGGUGGGCACCAGAGGAAGGGGACUGCAGACCUCAACGCCAUUAUUACUGGGCCUGGGCGUCAGCACCAGCCCUGUCAAUCAGGACUGAGGGAGGCCGGGGGGAGGGAGGGAUUGAGCUCCCUCCUAGGCAGCUCCUGCACCCACAGCUUAACAGCAUCUCUGUCCUGCCUCAGCCUCAGAAGUGAUAAUAACCCUCUACACAGGCUUAGUUUAUUUUUCCAUACAAAGCCCAUUCACAUCCAUUUACAUCUCUGAUUCUGAAUAUUGGCCCCCUUUUGUUUUGCACUUGGGGAAUCUGAGACCAAGAGAUAACUUGACUUUUUCAAGGUCAUUCAGCGAGUCAGCAGAGGAGCAGGGACCACAGCCUUACCCCUAAUCCAAGGCCUAGUCUGCAUCCUAUUGUCAGGCCUCAGAUAUCUGGACAUGGCCAGGCUUCUGAGAGAUGUCAGACACCCUUUGCUUUGCAGGGAGCGGGGGCAGAAGUCACUUGGCCAGUUGGGGCACGGUGACUUCUGCUGCCCCUCCCUGCAAAGCGUGACUGGACACAAGGCCCAGAGCUCAACUGAAGAAGCACUGGGGCCAGGCAGAUUUGUGCCAGGCUGAUCUCAGACUUCCCUCCAUCCUUGGCCCUAAAUCUCCCUUCAGGGUGCCCUUUGGCAGCCCCUCUCCAACCUUUAAGGUCAUAAAGCCUUCCAUGUUCCAUAAAGGAGCUAAUGGCUCCUCUGCCCCAGGCUGCUGUGCUACCUUCUGACGCCAAGUGACCGAGCCGCCAUGGCUAUGGUUCUCAUGGAAGAAACUCCCACUCUCUCACCUCUAUCUCCUUCCUUUGUUCACUUCUUUUAGUUUUCUCGUUUUUUCCUUUUCUACUGAGUCUACAGCAAUUAUUCCUUUCCCGACUGUUUGAGAGACAUUCGUGUCUCCAGGGCUAUGAAUGAGGGAAAGAGACAGGGAAUGUUUGGGGAGAGCUUGGAGUCCCUGACCUCCUCAGGAAAUGCCAGGAAGCAUCCUUCCUCCCUCUCUCCAGUGCCCUCUCGCUAUCACCUUCUCUCCAUCACCCUCUCCCCUUCUCCCUCUCCCCAUUACCCUCCCCUCUUCUCCCUCUCCCCAUCGCCCUCCCCUCUUCUCCCUCUCCCCAUUACCCUCCCCUCUUCUCCCUCUCCCCAUUACCCUCCCCUCUUCUCCCUCUCCCCAUCACCCUCCCCUCUUCUCCCUCUCCCCAUUACCCUCCCCUCUUCUCCCUCUCCCCAUUACCCUCCCCUCUUCUCCCUCUCCCCAUUACCCUCCCCUCUUCUCCCUCUCCCCAUCACCCUCCCCUCUUCUCCCUCUCCCCAUCUCCCUCUCCCCUUUGUCCUCUCCCCAUCGCCCUCGCCCCAUGGCCCUCUCCUUGCCUUCUUGCUCUUCUCAUUACUGUCUACAGCUCCUGUGGCUCUUUGGGGACCACUGGGACACAGACGCUGGAGGUCAUUACCUCCUGGGUGGCAGACGCCUGUCCCCACGAGUCCCCACUCUCAUAGGCACACACCACUGUCAUCAAUCCCAUCCCUACAUCUCCAUGCCCUUCACAUAGAAGGAGGGUGCCUGGUUCUCCUUCCUGGAAGAAGCUGGAGCAGGCAGACAGGGCGGACAGGUCUCUCCUUCCCCUGACCUCGCUCUUUCUCCUACCCUUGAGAAGCAGCAGGGGCUAAGGCCCACGGUGGAGGGGCUCAGGCCUCCUGGAAGAUGGCAAGAGGGGCUUUGGAUGGGGAGAGAAGGGGAGGUGGGGGACCCAGCUCCUUGGCAUCUGUGCCCGGUGGCAGCCGGCCAGGCUGUGGAGGGAAGCGCUGCCUGCGGCUCUCCCGGGGAAAUGUGAUUUCCCCCUGAGUGAAGCGGACUGUGCAGUGUGGAAAUUGGCUCUUUUCUGAGCGAGCUGCUGCUGUUGCUGCAGAGUCGGGGCGGGCCGGCUGGCCCCUGGAGUGAGCCGGGAGCAGCCAUGUGCUGAGAACUCAUUAGGGAUAAAUCAAACUAGUAACAGCAUGAAGCCAACACCCCGCCCCCCCCCGACCGCGCCUCCCUCCCCUACCCCCUCCGAGACCCCUCCACUUCCCCUCCUCCUCCAUGGUCUUCUUCCCGUCAGACUCUCUCCUGCCUUUUCCACAGCCAAGGCACCCUCCCUGAAGCCAAGGCACCUCCCCCAGACAAGGCACCCUCCCCUCCAGUUUCAGGAGCCCGAGCUCCUGCUCCUGAACACAACCUCGUGGGCGCAGGCUUAUCCGCCUACUGCCCAGACGCCCGGAGCCGCCCCAGUGAGAGACAAGUUCAUUUAUAAAUACCGUCUUUUUUGUUUGUUUUAUGUUUGUUUGCUUUUUUUUGCUGGAGAUGGGGGCCUGGUAGCAAGCUUCACUGACAGCCACAGACAGCCCUUGCUAGGAGCACAGAUUGGGACCUCACAGUCCAGGCCCUCUCAUCCUCCCACCAAAGUCACAUCAUUCCCCUGUCCUCACCUCCUAGAGGAACCCAGUGGGGAGGCCCCCAGCUGUGGGUAGCAUUAAUACCCCCACAUAUAUCCAUCCCCCUGGGGAGAUGAGAGCACCCAGAAGACUUAACUGCAGCGGGAAAGAAAUUGUCCUUAAAACAGAUGAGCUUGGUCAGAAUGGAAACUCAUUUCCCCACCGGAGGAAAACAAGGAAGAGAAACAGACAAGGAGGAAGAAAGAAGGCAGGAACAAGGCCUGGAGCUCUUGUCGUCAUGAAGGUGAUGAAAGUGUUUACCUGCAAAGUAUAGCCAUUUCUUCCCUAGAAACACCCUCUUUGCUGAGGCAGCGGGAAAGGGUCGGCCUGGUCUGUUAUUCCAGGGGGUGAACUGGUUGGUGUUAUUAAACUUUUGUUAGUUAUCAUAUCAUAAUAACAUGGCCCCUGGUUAUUGCCUUUGUUUUCCCCCUGGGAGAGAUUGGCUGAGGGAUGUUGCUAAAAGGGCCCAGACCUGGAGUGUAGGGUUGUGACCGGAUUUCUGUCCCUUCCCUUCUGGCGACCCCAGGAGACUGCUCACUUACCUCAACCGUAAAAUGCAUGGCUUGAGCCAGAAAAAUGUCCAGCUCAACGCUGUGACGCAGUAGUGACCCAGGUCAGUGACAAGCAUUGAGGGCCUCAUCUGACUGGUUUAGGUAUGAAGCCCUCUUUCUCCAAAAUUUCCCCAGGAAUUUUCCAUCAGGCAAACACCAUAUUUCCAUAUUUGGAAUCUGCUCUGUGUUUGGGGUGGGAGUGAGGCGGCUUCUGAGCGAGCUGCUGCUGUUGCUGCAGAGUCCCACCCUGCCUGAUGGGAGCUUGGGUCCUGACUCAGCUUGCCGAGCUAAAGCCAGGCUUCCAAAAAGUUCCAGGAUG